CCUCCCUCCAUUAGCCUCUUCCCUCGGUUCACUUUACUGGGCUUUAACAGGGGGGCUCUGUAUCAGCGAGGUUGGCGCCCGGGACUUUUUCGGGAUAGGCUAUGUACCAAUAACUCCUAACCGGAUAGGCCUCCACAAAGCGAAACCGCAAAAACACACAGGCAAAACUUUGAGGCGCUUAACUGAUUUGAACGUCUGCUGCAUUUGAGCCAGAAUCCAAAACUACCAACACUGAAAACAUGCGGAGAUGUCGAGAGGAGCACAGCUACCGAUAGGAUCCCGAAGUUGGGACCUUUAUGUCAAGCAAUGAGAGAUGAAAAUCUUCAGUCAAACCCAUGAGAGGCAUAUGAAUUGUGGAAGAGCUGGUUCUCCACCCGGAUUGACAGUGGUUUUCUUCUGAAGUGGACUGCUAAGUAAACUAAUUUAUGAGAGAACAGAGGCUAACAAAGCUGUAGAUUCUGCUGGAGAUUCCUGGCCAUUGCGUCUUCGCGGCACACACUGCAUCGCAUCUCUUCUAUAUCACAAACCAUCUUCAUCAUCCCACACCCAAAGUCAUCAUGACGACCUCUUCUUUACGGCGCCAGAUGAAGAACAUCGUGAACAACUACACGGAUGCAGAGAUCAAGGUCAGGGAGGCGACCUCCAACGAUCCGUGGGGUCCUCCGACCUCGCUCUUGAUGGAAAUCGCAGACCUGACCUUCAACGUGGUGGCCUUGACCGAGGUCAUGGGCAUCAUCUGGAAGAGGCUCAACGACCACGGCAAGAACUGGCGGCAUGUCUACAAGGCCCUCACUCUGCUGGACUAUCUGAUCAAGUCAGGAUCAGAGCGAGUGGCCCAGCAGUGCAAGGAGAACAUCUACGCCAUCCAGACUCUGCGGGAUUUCCAGUACAUCGACCGGGACGGGCAGGACCAGGGCAUGGGCAUACGGGAAAAGUCCAAGCAGCUGGUGGCUCUGCUCAGGGAUGACGAGCAGCUCAAGCAGGAGAGAUCGCAGGCGCACAAGACUCGUGAGCGUGUGACGGGAACCAGCAGUGCCAUGGGUUAUGGAUCUUUACCACCUCCCUAUCCUGGACGUCACACCAUUCAGCCCAGCGUGGAAGUGCUGUAUGGGGAAGAGCAUGGCAGGGUGAGGCACUCACCUUCCUCUGUCAACUCCUCCUCUUCCUCCUCUCAUCUGGCCCCAGAUAUGGAGCGCGCCCGGCCGCAGACGAGCGGAGAGGAGGAACUCCAGCUGCAGCUGGCCUUGGCCAUGAGCCGAGAGGAGAGCGAGAAGCCCGUUCCUGCUGUGGAUAUUGAUGAACAGACGCAGCUUCAGAUCGCAAUGAGUCUCAGUGAGGAGGAGGCACACAAGCCAGCUCCUCCUCCUGCUGCUGUUCUGGACAUGGAUGAAGAGGCACAGCUUCAGCUGGCCCUCACUAUCAGUAAAGAGGAACAUCAGCAGGAGGAGCAAAGUCGGCAGGGAGACGAGUCGUUGCUCCAGAAAGCACUUGAGGAGAGCAAACGAGAAUUGGAGGCCAAAGGAGGAAGAUCUGCCAUGCUGGAUCUUGCCGAUAUUUUUGCUCCAGCUCCUGAUGUGCCCUCUGCUGCCAGUUCUUGGGAUUCAUCUGGAGGCCAUAGUGGCUUAGCCCAGGCUGGUCCUCUGAGGUCUGACCCCUGGGAUAGUCUAGAGCCCAGCUCUUUAAGCCGUCAACAUGGAAGCUCAUGGAUGGCGCCUCCUGCAUCAAGUGUUCCUUCCCAGCCUUGGGUGCAGCGACAGCCACAUCCUGACCCAUGGGAUGCCCCUCAGAAUGCCCCAAGCCCUGUGUCCAUGAAUCAGACCUGGAUCUCCCCUGCACGUGGAACUGGAGUGGAUCCCUUUUCACCCCUAGAAGUAGACAAACAAGGAUCUAUUGGCCCUCUCAAAACUCCAUCCCCUCGGGCAGGAAGUCCCUCAGAUGACGAUCUUUUUGAUGAAGCUAUGGAUGGAGGUCAGGCAAAUAUAAAUGGCCAUAGUAGUCCUGAGCCUUUCGAUAUGUCUUCCCUUGGCGAAGGUCUACCAAAAACAGCUCCUCGAACCUGCAGUACUCCAGAGGCAUUUCUGGGUCCCACGGGAGCAUCACUCGUCAACCUGGAUUCUUUGAUACCCUCCAACCCUCCUUCCAAGAACUUCAACCCGUUUUUAUCAGGAAUAGCUGCUCCAUCGGCCUCUAAUCCAUUCCAACAUGAGCCGCCCCAUCUCACACUUAAUCAAAUGCGCCCCAGCUCCACAUCUCCUGUACCCACAUCCCUCCCAUUUAAUGCCUCUCUGCCCAUGGCUGCCAGCAACCAGUCCAGCUUCCUGCCUACUACCUUCACACAGUCUGCGCAGGUCCCUGGAAACUUGCCGCAACCGCUGCUACCCCUGUCAACGACAUCCACGCUUGGAGAUCCAGACCAACACAAUCAGAACCCGUUCCUAUGAGCAGAUCCAAACAAGCUUUUGAAAUGACAAUUUAACCACUGACUUGACUGGAACACACUUUUUUUAAUUGUUUUUUCUCCUUUCACAGCUUCCUGAUUUUGCUCUAUGCAGUCACUCUUAAGAGGCGUUCACACAUACAGCGGUUUCCAGUGACAAAAAACAUUCAUUUUCAACAAUGGUGACCAAUGUUGAAGCAAUGUGGCGUAUCCAGUGAUGUGACAAAGUUGAGAAAAGUUCAAUAUUAUACAAAUGAGCAGUUAUGUAAUGUGGAGACCAAUAGACACUAGUGCACAUGUGAUCCAUCUCCUGAGAUACUGUAGGUGAGUUUCAGCAAAAUGGAUAAGUUUGUUAAGGUCCAGACCCACCAAACCAACAUCAAAGUACUAGUGGCAACAAAAACCAAUGCGAAAUGGAGAAGUCUGUUAAGAUCCAGACACACCAAGCCGAUGUCAAAGAAAUAGCACUGGCGAAAACCAACUGUGGUGUCACCUAGCAUCGCCUGCAUCUGGACCAAAAAUUUGAGCUUGAACACAUUACUAAGUAUCUCCAUACCAGCAGGUGGCAGUAGUCUGUAUUCAUCAUUCAAAAAUGGAAACUUGUAUCUUGUCUCUGUGCACAUAUAGGGUUAAAAUUAAAAACUAAGUAGAAACUAUUUACCGACACUACACCCCAUUUGUAAUCAGAUUUUCAAAAAAUUUGGCCAGUUGCGCAGCGCACCAAUAACAUUAGGGCAUUUAGCAAUAAGAGCAUCCACAAUGACCACCAAUACAGCCACUCAACGACCUCCAGUCAUAAAAUCACUGUGUGUGAACGCCCUUGAACUAUAAUCAUAUGUGUGAAUGUCAACCAUGCAUUACAUGGCGAUACAAAUCGAUGCUGGCUUUAUAAGAAAUGACAAAUAAAUGGCACAAUUUAAAGGUUAAGAAUAUUUAAUUCGACUCCCACAGCAUCAGUGUCACCUUUAAGUAUUGUAAUAGUUUUUGGAAAGGAUAACGCACUUGUUACCAAGCACAAGUCCAAAGCCUCUCAUACAUUUUUAUCAUAUUCUCUGAUUUCCUGCACCAAUUUCUAGCUCUGCUUUAGUGUCCCUUUUUUGGUCUGGACUAUCUGAUGACUUUCAAUGCUGUCCUUUUAUUUCCUUGACAUGACUGGUAUCUGUGAACAGCCGAUCACAUCCUGAUGGGUCACACACCAGUAUGACAUAUAAAAGUGACUAAGAUUUUUGGGGCCAAUAAUUUAAGCAGCAAAUUGUAAAUUAUAAAUAAUGAUUUUGUAAUAUUGGGCAUUGACUGUUGAAUGAAUAGACCUCCAGCAAGAGAAUGUACUUACAGUGGUGUUCAGAUUGAAUUGAUGCCACAUACUAACAGAAUGUAAGAAUGUGAGACUGUUGCACAUGUUGUUCAUCAAAUACAAGGAUGAAGAUUAAACUGAAUGACGCAUCUG